GCAAGCGGAUGUGUUCUACCUGGAGGCGCUACUUGGGUCUGCUGGUUUGUUACGAAAAAGUCGUGCUUUCGCAAUCUAACCCUUUUAAAGAUUGCCAAGUGCGAAAAUUCGGAGGGAAAUGAAUCUGCAAGGUGUGAUUUUAACUGUAACCGCCUUCCUACUGGUUCACUCAAACGUAGACGCCUUAACCAGACCGUCAUCCAUCCGACUGGAAAACAACGGCUACACGGGUAUUGUGGUUGCCAUUCACAGCAGUGUCGCAGAGAGUGAUGCACUGAUUGAACGGAUUAAGUACAUGUUCACCGAGGGGUCCAAGUACCUGUACGAAGCCACGCGCAAACGCGCCUAUUUCAAAGAAGUCACCAUUUUGGUGCCCAAAUCAUGGACACCCAAGCCAGAGUACCAGUUGCCAGGCAACAUGACGUUCGACUACGCUGACGUCAUCGUGGCGCCGCCCAAUCCCCGCUGGGCUCCUCUGCAGUACACCAAGCAGUACCAGGGGUGUGGCAAACAGGGUGUUCACAUCCAUUUCAUGGAUAAGUUUUUGACAGAUCCUAAGACGGAGCACUAUUACGGUCCUUUAGGGCGCGUGUUCGUUCACGAGUGGGGUCAUUUUCGCUGGGGGUUGUUCGACGAGUACCCGGAUCCUGUUGGUGACCCGGACAACUACCAAGAGUUCUAUUUCUCUUCUCUUACGCAGCAGUUCGAAGGAGUCAGGUGUUCGUACGAACACAACGGCAUCCCCUUGAUCUUCUAUUCGGAUUCCUACCGUCCUUGCGUUGGUGGUCCAGAUACUGGGUACGAGGAUCGCUGUGUGUACUAUAUAUCGACCAAUCAAGAUAAAGUUUCGUCUUCGAUCAUGUUUUCAACUUAUCCUCUAACCCCGAUCAAAUAUUUUUGUGACGACGAUACCUCGGACACCCCCAACCUGCACAACCGAGAGGCGCCAAACAAGCACAACCGUCUUUGCGGAGGUCGCAGCAAUUGGGAAGUAUUGCAAGACCAUCAGGACUUCCGAAAUAACUCGAAUCCACCUGUUGACCUGAACGAGGACGAUUUAAUACCAAAUAUCACAAUAGUACAACACCAGGAUAUCCGAGUGGUGCUUCUAUUGGACACGUCUGGCAGUAUGUCGUCCGGCAGUCGUUUCGAGAAGAUGAUCAGCUCAUCGGCCAAGUACAUCUCUUACACCGUUUUAAACGGUAGCUAUAUCGGCAUCGUAGAGUUUAAUUCUUUCAGCACAGUUCUCGAACCUCUAAGGCUGGUUGCCAACGAUACUGACCGCCAUGCUCUCCUCAGCUCCUUGCCAACAAGUCCCGGGGGCGGUACAGGCAUUGGCGGCGGUCUCUUAAAAGCAGUUCAGACUCUUUCGGAGGGAAACAUGGAUUCGGCCGGUGGUAUAAUUCUGUUGAUAACAGAUGGACAGGAGAAUGAAAGCCCAUCUGUAGCUGACGUCAUGGACGACAUCAUAGAGUCAGGGGUCGUUGUCUACACACUUGCCUUCACCCAAGACGCUGACCACAUUUUGCCCAAAUUGUCAGAAGCAACAGGUGGAAAAGCGUACUUCUAUUCGAACGACGGUGGUUCUGAAUCCAACGCUCUAGAUGAGGCGUUCGCUGCCACCAUGCAAAGAGGUGAUGUGGGUGAUGCCGAUAAACGCGUGCAGUUGAUGGGAACGUCGUGGUCUUUGGCAAGUGGAGAGGCAAGAACUGGUAGCGUUUUCCUGGACAGCACCUUGGGCAGAAACACAGAGUUUGUUUUCUCCUGGACAAAAGAAAACAAGCUGGCCAUCAAUGUGACCAUCAAAUCUCCUAACGGGAGUUUCAUCUACUGCUCCCACGACUGCUCAGACGUCUCUUUCAGAAUUCUGUCGGUUUCGAUUCCAGGACAGGCUGAGGCUGGGCCCUGGGAAUUCACGGUGUUUAACCUCCUCACCUCGACUGAAGAGGUGACAAUCACCAUUUCGUCUCACCCAGCCAACGAUGACGUAGAGCCCAUCAUUGUGACGUCAGAGCUGAGCGAUUCCACCGCGGCGUUUGCUUCAGGCGAGCCCCUGGUAGCCUAUGCAGAGGUCCGUCAGGGUUUCAGCCCAAUGAUUUACGCCAACGUCUGGGCAACGAUCGAAAGACCAGGAGGGUACGAUCCGAUAAAAAUCCAGCUACUGGACAAUGGUGCAGGGUCGGACGUUACGAAGAAUGACGGAGUGUACUCGCGAUACUUCACCGAGGUCACAGGAGUCGGUUACUACGGUGUCAAGAUCGACGUAGAUAAUAACAACGGCAACGCCAUCAUCAUUGACUCGGUUCCCUUCUCGAAAUCUCGACCCAUCGUGGACCCAGAGGAAGCCCUUAAUAUGACCGAUAUUGGCGGUGUAAAGAUUCCCGCACCAGGUGCCCCUCCAGCGGAGCCAACAGGCAAGCCCGCCCCGGCAUUCAAUCGCGGAAUCUCAGGCGGAUCCAGUCGAGUAGACGAUCUACCUUCAGGAUUCUUACCCGGUGACGACCUGUUCCCACCUGACGAUGUGCUGGACCUCAGGGUCUCAAACACUUCCUUUCAAGACGGGACCGUGACGUUGGCUUGGACGGCUCCAGGUGAUGAUCUAGAUAGUGGAUCAGCCUCCUGGUAUGAAGUCAUCCGUGCUGAGUCUAUCCAGGCCUGGCAGAACGACUCCACUCCGGAUUCCCAUUUGAUCCUCAACUCCAGCCACAUCCUGCAGGGGAACCUCUCUGCGCCUCAGGAGUUCGGCAACGAAGAGGAGUUUGUGGUCCUCGCGCCGGUACCGGAGGAUGCCACCGUGGCCUCGUACGCGUUCGUGCUACGAGCUGUGGAUGACGCAGGGAACCCAUCUGGGUUCUCCAACGCUAUUCAGGCCGUGCUGAGGGAGUACGUUCCUGAGCCGUUACCGGUGACCACAGAUCGGCCGGAGACUACUUUAACACCACCACCCUCCGGGUCGGAGCCUACAGAUCUUCCCAAGCUCACGGUAACACGACCAACCUCUGUUCCGGUGACCACGGAUCUGCCCCUAGUCACAGCAUCUCCACCCUCUUUGGGGCUCCAGUGGUGGCAUAUUGCCUUGAUUACAGUUGGUGGUUUAGGUACUUUGACUCUUCUGGUACUCGUAAUAGCGUGUGUGGCGUUGAAGUCCACUCCGUCAAAAAUCGCGCCAACACCGGUGAUAAACGUGGAGGAGGCGGGCCACGUUAACUGCAUGGCUUUAGACGACUUCAACGAAAACGUGCUGUAGAGAAGUAGUGAUUUAGACGGUCUUGGGUGAAGCCACUGUCUGAUUUUCCUUUAAAAAAAUUGAUGACUUGACGUUCUAGAUUUGGCGAACAAGAUCCUAAAGUAUGAAAAAGUUGAAGGUUUGUUGCUUUUUUCUAUGUUAAAUCUUCGUGGAUGCUUAAUAUAGAAAUAUAAGUUUUGAAUCUGCAGUUUUGUUACCAUUAAUUAUGUCAAUUGUUGAUCUUGGCUCGCAGGACAUGUCUUUUAAAAAGCUACGGUAACUGUCUUCGUAGCUCUCUUUAAUGCUUUUAGAUUUAUUUUGUAAUACCUGAAGUUGCACUUAGAUGCCAAUGGCAUUAGAUUAAGUAAUAACUUACCUGCGUGAUCAGUAGUUUGCACUGUAUAGCGGUUACAACAUUUGUACACAUUGAACAUGUUUGCAGAACACUCGAAAGUCAUUUUGUACGAGCGUCCGUCCCCUGUCGCGCAUUAUUUUACGGUGUCUUGUGGAAUACUUGAUCCCCGUGAAAAAUGGACAUGGAUUGCAAACCUGAGGUGCGCAUGCUCUCAUGCACACUAGGGCUAACGUGAGUCCAUUUUGUUAACAGAGUACCAAUCCCCAUUACACCGACCAUGUGGCGGUGAAAUGGCACUUCACAUGUCAGAAAUUAAUUUGAAAUACCUCUUAUGGCAAAAGCUCUCCGAACACCAAAUAACUGCAUGCAAUACGUUACUUUUAACGUUCGUUUAUCAUAAUCAUUUAAUAUUUACCAUUAUUUAUUCGUAGAGGAAAUUAUGCAGUUCUCACUUGCGACAUAUUUGUAUCAGUAAAACAUGAUUUUAAUUGGA